UUUUCAACAUCGAUUCGAUAGCCUACCAAGGACACACAUUUACUACAAAUCUGUCAAGAAAAGCAAAAUUGACAUAAAAAAGCCUAUGGAUGGAGGGAAGUACAAUAGAUUUGGCCGGGACACCUCCACCUCGGUAAAUACAAAUGUGGAUUUCGAGGAUGUUACAGAGAACAUUGACUGCAAAAGCGACUGUAUGAACAAGGUUACCAGCGAGGAAUUUCGCAAGCAGUAUACCGAUUGUCCCCUGAAGGCGACUAUACAUCAUGACAUGAGGCAUGCUUCUCGUUUUUCUAUGGAAAUCGAAGGUUUUAUACACACAACAGCGAAACCCACCAAAUACAAACGACAGAUCAUCACAGCCAUUAUCAUCAGCUGUUUAGUCAUUCUGGGAGCAAUUACAGCAAUUAUUGUUAUUUUUGUGAACAAUUCAAGCAAUACAACAGAUACAUUCAGUCAAAUAACAAAGAUUGAUGCUCAGUUAAAAAUAAAUCAAUCGUUCAAUCAGCAGUUCAACAACUUAUCAUCUAGGGAAAGUAGAAAUUUCAUAGAUACAUUUUCCACUAGGAUGCAGAGUCAACUUCGACGUCAUAAAGAUAUGGAAAACCUGAUAAACUGCACAGUGACAAAUCUUCAGAAAGGAAGCAUUAUCGUGAUAUUUACAUUAUAUGUGGACACCUCAGCUCAACAAUCAACGAAGACAUUUGACACGACCUUAAUUCAAAAUAAUUUGAAAUCUGAACGGGGAACACUGGAAGUUGGAAACUUUACUGUAGUAGAAAACAGUGUGCUAGUAGUUAAAAUCACAAUGUAUAACCAAAAUGGCCUAAUCAUCCAGAAAACUACAACGAAUGGAUCAGUGAAUGGAAUAACAACAAUACAAAGACCAAGUAUUGGGACAUCAAAUCCCAUAUCAUCUACAACAAUCAAACAAAGUUACUCAUUUAAACCAAGUGGUCAAACACCAACUAAAAUCAUCACAAUUCCAAACACUACAACUCCAACAACAAGAAAUAAAACAAUGCUAACAACUAAAGGAACCAAUAUGACAGUUCGAACUUCUACUACAACUGCUACAACUACUACAACUUCAAAUACUACUACAACUACUACAACUCCAAUCGCUACUACACCUCCAACGAAAACCACAACCCCAACCACUACUACAACUCCAACAACUACUACAAAUCCAACAACUACUACAAAUCCAACAUUGACUAUAGCUCUAACAACUCCAACAACAACCACUACUACAACACCAACAACUACUACAACAACGCCAAGAACAACAAAUAAUCCACCACCUACUACAACUCCAAGCACUGCUGUUACUCCAACAACUACUACAACACCAACCACUACUACAACACCAUUCACUACUGCAACCCCAACUAUUGCUGCAAUUCCAAAAACGACUACAACAUCAAUCACUAGCACAACUCCAACAAAUACGACAACUCCAACAACUAUUGUAGCUCCAACAACGACUACAACUCCAACAACUACUGCAACACCAACCACUACUACAAGUAUUACUAUAACUUCAACCACUACUACAACUCCUACAACUCCAACAACUAUUACAUCACUAACAACUACUACAACUACAACAACAACUACUACUAAACCAAUAACUACUACAAAACCAGCAACUACUAGAGCACUAACCACUACUACAACACCAACAACAACAAAAACUCCAACCACUACUACAACUCCAACACCUACUACAACUCCAACCACUACUACAACACCAACCACUACUACAACUCCAACAACAACAAAAACUCCAACACCUACUACAACUCCAACUUCUACUACAACACCAGCCACUACUACAACACCAACAACAACAAAAACUCCAACACCUACUACAACUCCAACCACUACUACAACUCCAACCACUACUACAACUCCAACAUCUACUACAACAUCAACAACUACUGAAACUCCAACCACUACUACAACACCAACACCUACUACAACACCAACAACUACAACUCCAACACCUACUACAAGUACAACCACUACUACAACACCAACCACUACUACAACUCCAACCACUACUACAACACCAACCACUACUACAACACCUACUACAACUCCAACCACUACUACAACACCAACCACUACUACAACACCAACCACUACUACAACACCAACAACUACUACAACACCAACAACAACAGAAACUCCAACCAUUACUACAACACCAACCACUACUACAACACCUACUACAACACCAACAACUACUACAACACCAACAACAACAGAAACUCCAACACCUACUACAACACCAACCACUACUACAACUCCAACCACUACUACAACACCAACAACAACUACAACUCCAACCUCUACUACAACCCCAACAACUACUACAACUCCAACCACUACUACAACUCCAACCACUACUACAACUCCAACAACAACAAAAACUCCAACACCUACUACAACUCCAAGCACUACUACAACUCCAACAACUACUACAAAUCGAACAACUACUACAACUCCAAGCACUACUACAACUCCAACAACUACUACAACUCCAACACCUACUACAACACCAACAACUACUGAAACUCCAACCACUACUACAACACCAACCUCUACUACAGCACCAACCACUACUACAACUCCAACAACAACUACAACUCCAACCACUACUACAACACCAACCACUACUACAACUCCAACCACUACUACAACACCAACAACAACUACAACUCCAACCUCUACUACAACCCCAACAACUACUACAACUCCAACCACUACUACAAUUCCAACCACUACUACAACUCCAACAACAACAAAAACUCCAACACCUACUACAACUCCAAGCACUACUACAACUCCAACAACUACUACAAAUCGAACAACUACUACAACUCCAAGCACUACUACAACUCCAACAACUACUACAACUCCAACACCUACUACAACACCAACAACUACUGAAACUCCAACCACUACUACAACACCAACCUCUACUACAGCACCAACCACUACUACAACUCCAACAACAACUACAACUCCAACCACUACUACAACACCAACCACUACUACAACUCCAACAACUACUGCAACAACUCCAAAAACUAGUAUGACAUCAACCACUAGUACAACUGCAACACCUAUUACAAAUACAACCACUGCUACAACACCAACCACUACUACAACACCAACAACUACAAUUCCAACACCUACUACAACUCUAAGCACUACUGCAACUCCAAGAAUUGCUACAACACCAACCACUACCACAACACUAACAACUACUACAACUCCCACAACUCCAACCACUGCCACAACUCCAACCACUUCUAAGCCAAGCACCACUACAACUCCAAUAACUGCUACAAAUCCAACCACUACUUGAACUCCGAUAAAAAUUACAACUAAGAACAGUACUACAACUUUAACCACUACUACAAUCCUAUAACCAUUACUAGAACUCUAAACAUUACCACAACUCCUACCACUACUUCAACUCCACCUAUUACCAUAACGCCUACGAGUACUACAUAACUCACUUCUACAAUUCCUAUCAUUAAAUCCAAUUAAACACAUCACUAGAAUUGGCGCACUUUCUAUAAUAAGAAAAGCUUCUUCGAUUUCAAAUACUACUAAAACUUCCAAGAACUAAAAAUAGUAUCAAAAAUCCAAACAAUUACAGAAAUCAAACUACUACUACAACCACUACUAAAAUUCAAACAACUAAUUCAAAUCUACCCACUUAUACACCUCAGCCACUAAUGCAACUAAAAAUAUUGCUAUCAUUUCAACAUAUCCUACAACAGCAAAAAUACUAAUUUGUUUUAAAAAUUACUACUACAGCACCAACCAUUAACACAACUCUAAUGAUUACUACAAUUGCAACCACUACCACAACUCAAACCAGCACUAGAUUUCCAAACAUAACUACAACUCGUAUCAUUUCUACAAUUCCAACCACUCCUACAACUGAAAUCAUCUUUUAGAACAUAACUACAAUUCUCAAUACUUCUAAACCUAGAACCACUACUAUAUCUCUAAACACUAAUACUAAUCCCACUAUUACAACUGUAAAAAUUACGAAAUUUCUAAGUAGUACUACAACUUCAAGCAUUAGUAAAACACCACAAAAACCUACAAUUAAGACAUCUUUAAAAACAGUGCAGCAUUUCUACAACUCAGAUAAAUACAACUACUAAAACUUUAAAUAUUUUUACAACUCCAAUAAGUACUGCAAUUUUCAAACCAUUUUCAAACCAUACUUCUGCCCCAACUAUCUCUACAUUCCCCCAAAAUACAACACUAAACUUUACAACUCAAACCACUACAUCUUCAACCACUUAAACAACAUCUACUACACCUGCAACCGUUAAUACAACUCCAACCUCUAUUGUAACUGCCACCACUACUACAAUUUAAAAUAGAAUUACAACUUUAAUUACAACUCAAACUUUAAAUACGUCCACAACUCCUUUCACUAAUACAUGGACAACCCCAGCCGCUACUCUAACUCCAUUCAUACUUCAUUUCCAGCCACUACUACAUCACAAAACACGAUUACCACUACUACAACUCCAAGACGCACUAUUAAAACUCCAAUCCGUCAUUCAACUCAUACCUCUGAUACAAAUAAAAGUAUAAAACAAAUCUAUCGCCUCCUAUAAUUACAAAAGCUACUACAAUUUAAAAACAUUACUGCAAUGUCAAGCCCUUCUACAAAUCAAACUACAUAUACUACUACAACUCAAACCAUACCUUCAACCACUCAACAUACAGUGCUGCAACUCCAACUAAUAUGACAACUCCAACUAAUAUUACAACUCCAACCGUGACUAAUUCCAAACACUACUACAUUUCAAUCCUCUUCCACAACUUCAUCCAAUAGUCAAACUAUAAAACAUUAAGUAAAUACCACACUUAAAACCAUUACUACAACUCCAAAUAUAACUUUAAUACUUACCCUAACACCUCCUACCACGCUCACCACUAUUACAACUCCCACUGGUACAACACCACCAAUAGCUAUGAAAUCUUCACCCGUUACUUCAGCUCAAACCACGGAUACAAACACAAACACUCUUACAAUUCUAAAUACUGCCACAACCCCUAACCCUAAUACAACUAGCACAACUGCUACUACGUCAACCACUAUUACGACUCCGACGACAAUUACAGUUUAAACUAUUUCUACAAUUCCAAUGAUUACUUCAGCUCAAAGCAAUGAUACAACUUCAAACAUUUCUACAAUUCCAAACAUUACCACAAUUAAAAUCAUUACAGCUUCAGCCACUACUAAAGUGUGUAGCUCCAACCAGUACCACAACGUCAACCACUACUAAAAUUCAAACAAUAUUAUAACUCCAACCAUUGCUAUAGCGUCAACCAUUUCUACCACUCCAACCAACAUCACUAGCAACCAAAGCAGAAAUGGAAUAUGAAAUUGUGCCAUGCGUUUCUAUUUGUUCAGUAUGUCAAUAUUAUCAAAAGAAUAGAAUUAUAUGCUUUUUAUCAUGCAAUAUAAACUAUACACUUGGUGUAAAUUAUACAAUUUAACUCGAUUGGAUUAAAAAUCAAGCUAA